AUGACCAGUUUUGCUGAUGAUCCCAUCGACGAGGCAGACCAGUCGGCGGUGAUAGCCAAGCUCCAGAGCAAGAUUCUGAAAGACUUGGUGUUCUACACCAACAGAUUGUGCUUCUUGUUCCUAAUCCAAACCCCACUUCUUAUCUUUGCUCCAAAGGCAAUGCACAAAUCUGUUGGUGCAGGCGUGCCUAUAGUGUCCCGGAUUCUCUCCCUCCUUUGUUUCUUCAGCAUCUUGCUCACCUGUAUCGACCUCAAGUACGAUCCCAAGGAUUUGCAAAGCACUUUUGAGAGCCUGUUGGAAACCUCGCGGCGUUUGUCAUCAGUCCGGUCCAUGUUAAGCCGCAACAGUGGCUAUAUAUUCAACAAGUACUGCAUCAACGGGACGAAUGUGCUAAUGAUGGCCUUAGUCUGUCUCUCAAACUGGAGAUUUUACCAGCUGGAGAGUGGGUCGGCAUUGGCUGCUUGGGUUCGCAGUUACUACAUGUUGUGUGUAGUUGACUUUGUCAUCGGGCUUUUUGUCAAGCGAUGGUUCGGAGGGUUGAUGAGCGAUGUUGGCGAGUUGGAGAAAUUAAAGUACCACUUUAAGAGUGUUUGAGGGA